CCAAGCCGCCGUCGCGCAGGCUGCGCGCACCCAGAAAAAAGGCGGCGCCCCACUCCGUCUCGCCGCACCCCCUUCCUUUCGUCCCCACCUCUUGCUCGCGUUCCAGCUCCCAAGUCCCAACACCACCCGCCGGCUGCGAGGGGAUGCCCGCGAUCCCAACGGCCCCAGCUCCCAGCCCCUCGAGCUUCCUCCUCGCCCGCCGCCACAGCCUCCACGUCUCCUACCCAUCGCCUAGCUCUAACCACCAGCGGCUCCCGCCCCGCCUCCUGCGCCUGCCCGCUCGUCCCCAGGCCGCUCCCAUGUCUGCCGUGGCGCGGGCACCCGCGUCGCCGGUGGCGCCGCCGGCGCACCCCACCUACGAUCUCAAGGCCGUCAUCGCGCUCGCCCUCGCAGAGGACGCCGGCGACCGAGGGGAUGUAUCUUGUUUAGCCACCAUACCUUCUGAUGUGGAAGCCGAAGCCACAUUUAUUGCUAAAGCAGAUGGUGUCAUUGCUGGAAUAAGCCUAGCAGAUAUGAUAUUUAACCAGGUUGAUCCAUCUUUGAAGGUUGAAUGGUUUGAAAGUGAUGGAAAUUAUGUCCAUAAAGGAUUGCAGUUUGGAAAAGUAUAUGGGUGUGCCCGGAGCAUCAUCGUUGCAGAAAGGGUUGUGCUAAAUUUCAUGCAGCGAAUGAGUGGCAUUGCGACCCUAACAAAGGCUAUGUCUGAUGCUGCCCGUCCAGCAUGCAUAUUGGAAACAAGGAAAACCGCCCCAGGUUUACGUCUGGUUGACAAGUGGGCAGUACUGAUUGGUGGCGGAAAGAACCACAGGCUUGGUUUAUUUGAUAUGGUUAUGAUAAAAGAUAAUCAUAUUUCUGUUGCCGGUGGGAUUGCAAAUGCAAUGAGAUCUGUUGAUCAAUUCCUGCAGAAGGAAAAACUCACAAUUCCUGUCGAGGUUGAGACAAGGACAAUUGAAGAAGUGAAAGAUUUGUUGAAGUAUGCUGCUGAGAACAAAACUUCAUUAACCCGUAUAAUGUUGGACAAUAUGGCUGUACCUCUUGCAAAUGGGGAUGUAGAUGUUUCAAUGCUUAAAGACGCAGUUCAGUUGAUAAAUGGUAGAUUUGAGACUGAGGCGUCUGGAAAUGUGACAAUUGAUACAGUAAAGAAAAUCGGAGAAACGGGAGUCACUUAUAUUUCAAGUGGAGCAUUAACGCAUUCUGUGAAGGCACUUGACAUCUCUCUCAAGAUAGACACUGAGCUCGCUCUUCAGGUUGGAAGACGUACAAAUCGUGCUUGACUCCACCGCAUUACGAUUGUGCACGCAUUGCCACAUGUGCAAGAUGAUAGGAGAACAGCGUGGCAAAUCAGCUUAAAUAACUUAGCGUGUCGCUGAGACCUCUGACUGCAACUACAUGGGAUUCAUCCUUCAGUUUCAUCCAAAAUGCAGUAAAUACCUUAAAUUUGGAACAGAAUAAUUGGCAGGACAGACAGGUUGCUUCCAGCAUUUGUUCUAGCACCAAGUUUGGAAGCUGGAAAAGCUUGCGUUGUGCGGCAGGUAUGCAGGCAGGCAGAUAGGAGUACAUCUUCCUGCGCCCAGCCACAGCUCGACAGCAGGUAGGUUUACUGUAAACGGGAUGUCGCACUGAACUUGCAAUACCACAAACAAAAAAUCGAGAAUAAGAUGCUUAUCUUACUGCCUUCGGUGACAAGAAGCGAGGGCCAUAAUAAUUAAUUUAUAUGGAAGAAUAAAAGCAAGAGGUUGCAAGGUCAACUCUGGACUUUCACAUC